AUGGAGAACAUGCUCUGCAGUAGUGAACUGGCCAUAGAUGCCAAGGAAGUGGUUGAAAAAUGUGAUGUCCCCAAGGAGCAUGGCAAUCCAAAUUGCUUUAAAGUAUCUGCUUUAGCAGAAGCCUCCCUGGACCUGUGGUUCAUUGUGUAUGACUUAGUUGGGGAUGAAAGCUAUGAGGUGAUCCAGCCCUUCUUCCUGUCCCCAGGGGCCCUGUAUGUGCUGGUGGUCAAUUUGGCCACCUAUGAACCACGCUGCUUUCCCACCACUGUGGGCUCCUUCUUGCAUCGGGUGGGGGCCCGUGUGCCUCAUGCCGUGGUGUGCGUUGUGGGCACUCACGCGGGCGGGGAGCGGGUGCUGGAGGAGAAGUGUCUGGACAUUCACCGCCAGAUCGCCCUGCAGGAGAAGCGUGAUGCACAGGGCCUCAGCUGUCUAGCUCAGGUGGCCGACGAGGCCCUGGCCCAGGACUUUGAACUGCGCUCUGCCAGCCCCCAUGCGGCCUACUAUGGUGUUUCGGACAAGAACCUGCGGAGGUCCAAGGCCCAUUUUCAAUACCUGCUCAACCACCGUCUGCAGAUCCUCUCCCCGGUGUUGCCUGUUAGCUGCAGGGACCCUCACCAAUUACAACGCCUUCGGGACAAGCUGCUCUCGGUAGCUGAGCACCAAGAAAUCUUCCUCAACUUGCAUGGAGUCCUGCCGAGGUCCUGGCAGGUGCUGGAGGAGCUGCACUUCCAGCCACCUCAGGCCCAGCGCCUUUGGCUGAGCUGGUGGGACUUGGCUCCCCUGGGCCUGCAGGCAGGUCUGACUGAGGACCGACUGCAGUGUGCCCUUUCUUACCUGCAUGAGAGCGGCAAGCUGCUCUACUUUGAGGAUAGCCCGGCCUUCAAGGAGCGUGUCUUCCACAACCUCACCCGCCUCAUCGACAUCCUCAAUGUCUUUUUCCAGAGGGAUGCCUCCUUGCUGCUGCAUAAACUGCUCCUGGGGACCAGUGGAGAGAGUGAGGGCGAGGGAGAUAGCUCCCCAGGGAUGGCGCUGCCCAGCCUGGGCCAGGACCUGCUCCAGGCCACCCAAUUCCAUCAUUAUGUGGAAGGCUUUCUGCUGCAUGGACUCCUGCCAGCCCAUGUCAUUCGAUUGCUGCUUAAGCCUCAUAUCCAAGCCCAGCAGGACUUGCAGAUGCUGCUGGAGCUGCUGGAGAAGAUGGGACUCUGUUACUGCCUCAAUAAACCCAAGGGCAAGCCUUUGAAUGGGUCCACAGUUUGGUACAAGUUUCCAUGCUAUGUGCAGAACGAGGUGCCCCAUGCAGAGGCCUGGAUUAAUGGGACCAACCUAGCUGGGCAGUCUUUUGUGGCUGAGCAAUUGCAGAUGGAGUCUAAUUUUCCUUUUACCUUUCCACCUGGGUUGUUUGCACGCUACAGUGUCCAGAUCAACAGCCAUGUGGUGCAUAGGUCGGAUGGUAAAUUUUAGAUCUUUGCAUACAGAGGGAAGGUUCCUGUGGUGGUGAGUUACAGACCUGCUAAGGGGGUCCUGAAGCCAGACACCCUGUCCAUUUUCAGCCAUGCAUCGUUACCAAAUAUAUGGACUGCAUGGCAAGCCAUCACCCCUUUGGUGGAGGAACUGAAUGUCCUACAUCAGGAAUGGCCUGGACUGCACUACACCGUGCACAUCCUCUGUUCUAAGUGCCUUAAGAGAGGGUCGCCCAAUCCACACGCUUU